AUAAUGUGACAUGAGCUUCCUGUUGUGUAUGGCAUCUGAAGACAAAAGAAAGAGAAAAAAAAAAUCCCCCUUCCCUUUGAGACGUAGCAGACGGAAAUGCUUUUCACAUUCAAGUGAUGUUCAGACACUGUGAGAAGCCGGGCAGCACUACACCUCUCCUCCACACAAAACACGCAGCCUCAUUAAAACUUAAACAGCUCAGCCUCGGAAGGCAACAUAGUGAGACGAAAGGAAGGGAGACUGAGACUGGAACAAAGAGUAUCUGCAGCUUCUAAACCGUUACCUGGAUUUAACCACUUCACAUCCCCGGGAGGGGCAGGAGGGAACAAGUGCCCUUCCCAACGCCUGGCACCAUGGAGGCAGUCGCCUUGUACAACUUUGCAGCCUCAGCCCCAGAUGAGUUGAGUUUCAACAAGGGAGAAACUCUGAAGGUGCUUAACAUGGAGGAUGACCCUAACUGGUUUAAAGCUGAAUUGCGUGGGUUAGAAGGCUUUGUUCCAAAGAAUUACAUUAAAGUGAAGCCACAUGACUGGUACAUAGGCCGAAUCUCCAGGACAUCAGCGGAAGAAUUACUCCUGAAACAAGGAUAUGUUGGAGCUUUUCUUUUACGAGAAAGUGAGAGUUCACCUGGAGAGUUCUCCAUAUCUGUAAACUACGGAAAACAUGUGCAGCACUUUAAGGUUCUUCGUGAUAAAGAAGGCAAAUAUUACUUGUGGGAAGAGAAGUUCCAUUCCCUGAAUGAGCUGGUGGACUUCUACAGGACCACAACAAUCGCGAAGAAGCAACAGAUUUUCCUGAGAGACACAAAACCUGAUGAAGAGUUACAGAAACCUGAACACGUCCAGGCAUGCUUUGACUUUUCUCCCCAAGAUCCCUCAGAGCUGAUCUUUUAUCGAGGUGACAUCAUUGAAGUUGUGGAGAGUGUGGACCCAAACUGGUGGAAAGGAAGGUGCAGAGGUCGCAUUGGCUUUUUCCCACGGAACUAUGUCCAACCGAUGGUCCAGUAACUCUCAACAGGAGAUGAGCGUGUAGGUGUGUGGAAGAAGCGACCCUGUUACAUCUGCCUCUUCUGUUUUGACAUCAAACCUCAUUCUUGCGGUGGCGUUCUCCACUUCAACUCCUCCAUCAGUUGUAAAGCGCCUUGGGACAUCCUGGGUUCAUGGAAGAUGCUGUACAUUAAUACGCUCUUUCUUUUUUGACAUGAGAAACUGCAAGUAGUUGGACCAUGUGUUUCUCUUGCUGACUAUUUUUGUCAAACUUUGUGCAUGACUUUAUUUGCUUUGCACUUGGAUCACUGCAAGCUCAUUUUAAUAUGGAAUCAAAAAUAAAUCCUGAGAAUAUUUGCCCAUGAUUUAAGAAAAUAGAAACCCUCGGAAGUUAUCAACUUUGCAAUGCAUCUUUGAUAUUAUUGACAGCAUUUCUUCUAGUUUGUAUGUAUAAUUAGAGGUCUGUCAUCUU